AUGAAUCCUACCAAUAAUAUUUGCAACUGUUAUAAAUGUGUUUGUGGUAAUGUCUCGAUUAGUGUUAAAUCUGUUGGUGAACAAACUGAUCUUGCUCUUAACUCUGUUCCUUUGAAUUGGGUUAACCCCAUUUAUACUACUACAGGGGUUAUUCAAAUUAAAUAUCAACAACUUAAAAACAUAUCUACAAACUCCAAAUUAAAACCUUUUUCAUUAAUACAUUGUAACCUCUGUAAUACUGAUGUAUGUUGUUAUAUUCCAAGAUCAUCUUAUUUAACUGAAACGUAUGUCAUAAUUAAUCCAUCAUUAAGAAAUAUUAAAGAUUUACGAGAAGACAUGAUUUAUUCAAAGGCUUAUGAUUUGUAUAUUAAUAACUUUGAAAUUCAAGAUAACAUCUCGUGGUGUUGUAACGAUCCUAUAGAGAGAACGCUUUAUCAAAAAAGCCAGGAUUAUAUUGAUGCUUUGUUUGAAGAAAAAGAAAGAAAAGUUAGAGAAUUUGUUUUAAAACAAGAAGAAAUUUUUGAAGAACAAAGAAGAGAAGCAAGAAAUCAAUAUCUAAUGCUAAAGAAACAAUGCUCUGAACGUCACAUUAUAAGUUCAUCUUCAACCUUUAACUCUUCAACCCCUACUAAGACCCAAAGUGGUUCUGAAUUAAAACAAAAUCAUCUUCCUUUUUAUUUACUUCAAAACUGUCAUUCUAAAGAUGGUAUCUUCUUUUUCGAUGAAGAAUCUGAAAGUGGUGUUGAGCCAAGUUCAUAUGAAGAAAAAGCUUCUUUAGAUAACAGAGUGUUUAGUCGUACAUUUCAUUCUCCUUCUAAUUUGGAUGACAACGAUGAUGUUCCUGUUUUUGCUAAAAAGCAAGAAAAAAAAUUAUUCCCAACUACGUUCAAAGAAUUUACAUUAGAAAAGGUUCAACAAGAGUCAUAUGAAAAACCCUCAUGCAUUUCUACUAAUUUAAUUAAACAAGGUCUGAUAUAG